AUGUCGCUAAAUGACCUAAAUUCAAGAGGAGAAUCUGAAGACUGUACUGAGCUCGAAGCCACACUGACUGGAGUAAAGCAACUCAGUCUAUCUGAUCCCAAGGAAGAUCCUUCAGUAAAGGAGACUACCCAGGCUCAGUCCCUUACUGACACUCAAAGAGAUACAAAUCAAGAAUUGCCUAAAGAGCUGAGGAUCAGAAAGGAACAUCCCCAAGAGAACAUCAUUGAUCAAGUCGAGAACAGAGUUAUGGCAAGAGGUCAGCUCAGUAAGAUGAUUGGAAAUGUUGCAUUCGUCUCCAUGCUGGAACCCAAAGUGUUUACUGAUGCUGAGCAUGACGAAUACUGGAUGAAUGCAAUGCAAGAAGAGCUUGAUCAGUUCAAGAGAAAUCAGUCUAACCCCAAGGAAUCUCACUUAACUGCUGUUAAGAGAAUCCUUAGAUAUUUACACAGCUCAGUAGAAGCAGGGAUAUGGUAUCCAGCCAGUGAAAAUUUUGAGCUUCAUGGCUAUACUGACGCUGAUUAUGGGGGAGACAGGCUAGAAAGAAAGAGCACAUCAGGUGGAUAUCAAUUCCUUGGCGAGAGAUUGGUUUCUUGGUUCAGUAAGAAGCAAGCCUCAGUGGCUUUGUCAACUACUGAAGCUGAAUAUAUUGCUGCUGGAAGCUGUGUAGCUCAGGUCCUCUGGAUCAAGCAGCAGAUUGAGGAUUAUGGGAUUCAGAUCAAAACAAUUGAAGUAAAAUGUGACAAGAAGUAA